AUGUUUAUUGACAAAAAUUUUACAAAACCAGGUGGUAAAUAUUCUUCAAUACCAAUAAAAUCAUAUAUAAUUCUUGAUAUUCGCGAAACAAGGACGGUUGUAAAGGCAUAUCCUAACACAUGGCAUAUAACACCAAAUUCCGAUUUUACAAUAUUUAACAUACAAGAGGGCAAAAAUUCUUUUUAUAUAACUACUUGCGGCAAAUAUCCUCAUAGUUCGGGUUUUCGUGUCACAACACAAGAAUACGAAGCUAUGGAAUUUGAAAUGGGAAAUUUAAAAAGAAAGAAUAACGAAGAUGAUAAUGACUCAAAAAAGGAAAGAUGUAAACGGAAAGAUAGACGUGAUGUUAUAAAAAGCUUAGAGAAGUUGGUGGAUGUUUUAACCAAACGUGAAAAAUAUUUGAGAGAUCGAGGUGCAUUUGAGGAAGCAAAUAAAGUUCAACAAAAAUUGGAUAAAGCAUCAGAUGAUUUAACAAAAACCUUAUGCAACGCAGUGGGGAAUUCUUAUUGGAAUCCUGAUAUUGGUGAUUCUUUACGAAAUACAUAUUGGGAUCCUGAUAUUGGUAAUUCUUCCUCACGAAUUGCUGAGUGUUCAGAUAAGUCAAAAACUGAUGAUAGAAUUAAAAACAGUGUAAAAGGAAAAUGUAUUAUUCAAUAG